CAGCGGGGUUCUCCUAUCUAGCUACGCUCUCGGAGAACUGUUCGCUUCUCGGAACGGAUAAUGUCCGCGGACAAAUAUCCGAGCAUAUUUCCGCGCAAAAUGGAGGCUAUUGUUUAUUUAACCCCCUACCGCUUCAUCUUCUCGCAUGUAACAGUUGACUCGACAGUUAUUCGCAGCUUUUUAUUAGCUUUUAUAGCAACCUGAGGAAGGCCUCCAGUGACAACGUAGUCAAGUUCUCGUACUCUCUCUGUCCCGCAACGCUACCCGACAGAGAGAGGGCUAGAACUGGGACUAUGGACAACGGAGACCUCUUAUCCCUGUAUCUCAUCAGUUUAGUGCAGUCAAAUACCGGUAUAAGUUGACCCAUUGAUGUGUAUGUGCGGGGUGUGCGUGUCGGAGGUGCGGUGGCCUGAUGAUCAGCGUGCUAGAUUGCGGAUCAAGUGGUCUAGUAGGUAUCCCCUUGCCUUUUUUAAGUCUUUGUUUUAUUUGUUGCGUUAUUUUUGUAAAGCAGACGAAAGAAAAGACAGUUGAAGCUCUCGUAAGCGACCACCUUGGAAAUUCGAAAAAGUGCUCGCAACUAGAGCUGGUCGCUUACAAGAAUGAGCUCUCGUAAGCGACCGCAUGGUAAAACAAUAGAGGGUGGCCGCUUACGAGAACUUCAGGAACUCAUUAAUAAUUCAUAAAGAAAAACAAAAGAAAGUUGUAUUGCUUUAUAUCUGAUAUAGACAGUUAUGGACACGGCUAAACUUAAGCGCAGUCUGCAGUUUCGUUAUUGAGUCAUAUGUAAAAGACUCUGAGUGGUCGCUUACAGAGGCUUAAAGACAAGGGAAAAGUACAGUUGGGUAAUCCCAAAAAUGGUCGCGGUCGCUUAGGGGAGCGGUCACUUACGAGAGCCUUUCAUUACAAAGUGUGGUCGCAAAGAUUUCGCCAUUCUCGUCCCCAUAGCCCUUUUCGCUCCUCUUAGCCGGCGGGGCCUUAGUACGAAAAUCGAAGAGCCCUUCAGGCCCUAUCGCCUAAGAGGAGCGAAAAGGGACGAGAAUUGCUGUUGGGAACCCUGGGGAGAAGAUGGGUCACGUGAUUAUCGGAGGACAUGAAAGUUGCAUUGAACGUCGAAUGUUUUGUCGCCUUUGUACAUAUUCUCCAUAAGGUGAUGGUAUUUGAUGCAGUUUUGAGCAAUAAUUCAGCGGUAUUGCUAUUUAAUGUGAUGGUCAAAGACAUAUAAUUCAUCAUCGCACAAUUCUUAAGAUGGCAACGGCUUCCUCUGGGUCAAGCCAUCUUGGUGUGACUGAAAAUCAGAAACGAUGGCUUGUGGCUGGAAUAGCACUCAACAAGAUCCUCAUACCACAGAUACGUCCGUUUGUGGAACAAGGCAUCAACACUGAAUACAACAACCUCAAGACUAGCCACAAUAUUCAUGGACAGAGCACAUCUGGACGUCUUCAACGGUGGCCAGCUAGAAAAUUGUUAAAAUAUGAGAACAUCAAUAGAAAUGAUGUUCAUCCAAGACGUGGUGGAAAACUUGAUUAUUCUCUUUUUGACUGCCGAGUAAUGUCCCAUGUUGACUUUGCCAGGCUGUAUGUUGAGAACUAUAUGGCCCACUUCAAUGCUUUUGAUGACCAUUGUGAUGCAUCAGCUGUGUUGGUGUUGCUUGGUGGGGUCCCUGUAUUCUCGGCACCUGUGCAAACUGCUGCAGCUGAUGUCAGAAUGGGGAGAAAUGACUGGGCACACUGUGUCUUCAGUAAAUGGGAUCAAGUCAAAUAUCAACAAAGUUUUAUUGACAUGGAACACCUAGUGAGAGUCAUGGCUUUACCAGCUGCAGAUGAAGGGAAACUUCUUGGAGAACUUAAAGACUGGGAAGCUAAAGGGACACAUCUCUGCAUGAAUUCCCCCAUAGACCCAGCGUUGUUACAACUGGUUCAACAAGGACUUCAGUCACUACAAGAUGAGGUGAGGAACAUGUCUGUAGAACUUGAGGAUGAGAAAAGAAACGUCCAGCAUGAACUGAAAAAUGUUGCAUCAGCUCUGGAAGAGGUGGAACAGAGGGUGCAAAUGCUGGAAACUGGUCAGCAAACCUUAGAGCAUCGCACUGGACUACUUGAAGACAGAAUGGACAAUUUUGAAGGUGACAUAAAUCUUAAGUAAUGAAUUGUUAUACAGUCAAACCUCUCCACAAUGGCCACCUUGGGGACAGAAGAAAGUGGCUGCUGUAGAGAGGUAGCCAUUAUGAGGACGUAGGGGUUUAAUGUUACAUCUGUUUUUUCAGGGUUUUCUUAAUUUUGUUUUUUUAAAAAAUGCUUACUUUAAGCAUAUAAAUAUGAAACAAAAUAAAAAUAUAUCAGUAAAACAGAAACCAGACAGAAACAGAGACCAACAAUGCGUGGUACGGAUCAAGUAUCAUGACCUUUUGCAAUUAAAACUAAGGUUAUGUGUAUACCAUUGGUAAAUCCUUGAUUAACUAGUCGUUGUUGAGUGGUUAUUCUCUGGCAGUUAGGACGUGCUUCAGUGGCCAUUGCCAUUGUGGAGAAGUUAAAAUAAGAGUGACUGUGUGGAUCAUCUGCUGUAACAGAAAAAAGUGGCCACUGUAGAGAGGUGGCUGUUAGUGGAGGUUACACUAUAUGUAUAUGGAAUAAUAAAUAAAUGUUGGAGAAAGUGAUGACUAGAGCAAAGAACUCAUGGUAAAUUGAUACAAUGUAAUUAACUGACAACUGAUCAAAAUGCUGCAUGCAGAGCCCUGAUGUAUAAAUCAUAGUUAUUAGCACAAACACUCUAAUUAUAUUAAUUAUAAUUUGCCAAACUAAACCUCCUGCAAAAACAACACACAUCUGAAGUAAACAACUGGUUUACUGUGUCAACAAACCUCUCUGCCACCCUCAUUACAAGAGUUUGAAAACACAAAUACCCAGGACGUGAGGGUGAGUGGGAAGAGACAAAAUAGUCCAGCACUAAACCAAAUGUGUGAAACUGACUCGAAAUGGAGCACAAAACUGCUUAAUCUGAUACAAGGGGUGUAUGUUGUACAAUUAAUUCCUUUGAGGAUGUACUAGCCCAAAGGGGGUAAAUGAACUCUUACAUAUUAUGUGUUAAUGUAACUGUAGACCUUUAGGGGCCGAUUUUGUUCGAAAUAGUCUUUUCCCACCAAAUUAAAGACUUCUACUUUAUCUGAAUUUUCCCAAAAAAAUUAUGUUGAAAACUUAAAAUGCGAACGAGUUAUCCACAAAAACGUGAUUUUUAAAACAAGUCAACAAUUGGCAAACAGUGAUAAGCCAAUUAAAAUGUGUACACCCUUGAGUUGAGCAGUAACACACAAUCUCUUCUGUGAACUCCUUUGUGUCAUACAAUUUCUCACACAGAAAUAUUUGCUUUUGUUGAUUGAUUUUGUCUCUUAAGUGAUAGACUAAGUAGUUUUGCACGGUCUUCACGUUCCCAAAUUUAAAUGCAAAUCGCAAGUGAGUGGUUCGAUCAUCGCUGCCCUCUUUUGGCAAACAAGUCAAUUGCUGUGGAAUUACCAGCAAAUUUAAUUGCUGAUAUCUAACAUGGCAGCCUCUCCAGACGCUCCUUUCGUCUACUUUGAAGAGUGUUUUUCUAUAUUGUAGGGAAACAAACAAGCCAAUAAAUUACACAUUUAGUUUUAUAUGAAUAUCCGCACUCAAGUAGGCCUGUUCAAAUGCCAUUAUGCUAUGGCUUCUCUUUUUCCCCUUUCCUUCUUUUCCAUUAUCUGCUGAUUUGGUUUAUAAGCUGCUGAGUGUUUCACGGCAGACUUCGCAUUUCCCAAUGUAAAAUUUUACAUACAUAAUCAUUGCACUAUUCCUGGGAAACAUUCCUGUAGCUUUCUUUAUCAAGAGACUCGCUGGGAAGUUCUAUGUUGCAUUUCAUUGGUUGGUGGAAUGGCCACAUUGACAACCGCUUCUGUGAGGUUUGAAAACUGUGAAUUUCUUUGGAGGCCAAAAGCUCGAGGUUUCUUUUUGCAUGAAUUAAUACCUCUAUUCAAAUGAAUAACGAAGCGGGCGAAGUCCAAAAAAAAAAAAAAAAUGCAAAUUAUUGGAACCUGGCAUGAGUCAGACAACAUAAGUGAGUUAUGAGAGAAAUAGGAGAAAAAUGAACUCCAAGUUUUCGUUUUAAAAAUUGUUUUAGGAACACUUGCUUACGCACUUGAAAAAGCUUCAAAUCUUCCACCAUUCCAUUUUGUUUGUUUAAGAUAUAGCGUCACUCGUGCGCUUCGCUAUUAAUAGCGGAGCUGGUGCGCGAGCACAGCCCCAUACCUUAGAAAAUUUGGUAACCCAUCAAUCUCAAAAUUUUAGGUUGUCACGUGAC